CCUUUGCUCCGCGCGCGCUGUAUCAAAACGAGGCUAAAAAGGCAAAUUCUUUCUCUUUGAAAUAAUUGUUGAAAGUAAUUGUGAAGCUUGAUUCAUUGAAGACAUGAAUAAGCACAUGAUAUAUGCUAAACCCAUGGAAUAUAGUGAUCUAGUGUUGCUUGAGGUUAACAUGUGAAAGAUGGUGAUCUAUUGCGUAGCCUAUGGAUGCUACAACUGUGAAAAUAGGAAAAAGCCAAAACCAGGCAAACGAGUCUCCUUCCACCGACUUCCAUUCAGUGACCCUGACCUUCUCACAAGAUGGAUCAAGGCCAUCAACAGAGCGGAUCUCCCUCUCAGCAAUAGUACACUCCUCUGUAGCGAACACUUUGAGCCGUCAUGCCUCACUCGGAGCCUCGGCGGGACACGGCGCCGACUGAGACCCGGAUCGGUCCCAUCCAGAUUUAACUUUGACAGGAAGCUGUCCAAACCUACCACGAAGAAGCUUGCAUUCGUGGAGGGGGAGAGUGAGUGUGGGUUCAACGUGGCCUGUGGACAUGGAGGCGGGUGUGUGUGCGGCAAUCAGAGGACUCAGUCCGAGGAGGACUAUGCUGUGUAUAAGUGUGGACAGAUCAUUAGUGAGCUGAAGGAGAAGAUUGAAGGAUUAAAGAAAGACAAAAGGCGUGUUCUGUACUUGAAACAAAAAGCCGAAGCGAUGCUGCAAAUAUAUUUCUGAUACAUGCUUUGAAAUGAAAAUAAACCUUUGUCAUGUUU